AUGAGGCAUUAUGCGACAAUUACGCGCAUCGACGAGUUGGGACAAUGGCAGACAACGCACGUUGUGUUUUUCACCUCAGGCCGAGGAACAUGGAGGGCAGACGGAGCGGACAUGAGAGCAGAUGCGCAAGGUGUUCACGUCACUCCAAUAGUUCAACAGUUCGACAACGACGACGACGACCAUGGCGGCAGAUGUCACCUGAUGACCACUUAG